AAAGCGAUGCUUGAAUAUGCGACCAUUUUUCGUUACGUAUCGAAUGAUCCCCGUUGUUUUUAAAAUCUUCACCAAUAGCGAGCAAUGAGUAAAAGACUAACACAACAAAGUAGUACCAUAAUCUUUCAUCCUUGUCCGGUAUCCCAUUUUAUCCGAAUACAAUGAAAGUGCGCAACGUUUAGUGGGUGGGGGCAUUGUGCGAGAAAGAGAGAAAGAAGGAGGGGGAGAAAUUGUCCGUCUUGUGAGCCGUCAUAGCUGAAUCAUCGUGAGAGGUUCUUGUAGGAGUGUGAUAAUAAAUGACAUUGUGAUUGAAUUAGUAAGCGUUGGAGUCACAGUGUGUGGAACUACUUUUAAGAUAAAGCUCUGAUCUCGAUGCGGAGAUCCGACGAGGAAACGUGAUAAACAGUGGCAUUCGCGUGUGCGUGACUCCCCCGUGAAACGAUGAACGGGUUAAGUUUUAGUGAAUUGUGUUGCUUGUUUUGCUGUCCACCUUGCCCGUCCAGAAUUGCUGCGAAACUAGCAUUUCUACCGCCUGAGCCUACCUAUACGUUCAUCGAGGAUGAAGGCUCCAAGUUUGCAAUUUCUCUGUCCGAGAGGGCAGAGUGGCAAUUCACAGAAGUGGCGAAAGAGUCAGUAGAAGGUUUCUAUGCAAGAACGUCACGAGGCAACCGAAUAGCUUGUGUGUUUGUACGGUGCUCACAGACCGCACGUUUUACCAUUUUAUUUUCCCAUGGCAAUGCGGCCGAUCUUGGACAGAUGUCUAGUUUUUAUUUGGGACUCGGCGUCAGAAUAAAUUGUAACAUAUUCAGCUAUGAUUAUUCAGGUUACGGUAUUUCUGGUGGUAAACCAUCGGAAAAGAACCUUUACGCUGAUAUAGACGCUGCGUGGCAUGCUCUUAGAACACGGUACGGUAUCAGUCCGGAAAACAUUAUUCUGUAUGGUCAAAGUAUUGGGACUGUACCCACGGUCGAUCUAGCCUCGCGAUACGAGGUUGGUGCAGUUGUUCUGCAUGCACCUUUGAUGUCGGGAAUGCGUGUUGCUUUUCCGAAAACCAGAAGAACGUGGUUCUUUGAUGUCUUCCCCAGUAUAGAUAAAAUACCCAAAGUUACAUCUCCAGUUUUGGUUAUUCAUGGAACUGAGGAUGAAGUGAUAAGUUUCAGUCAUGGUUUGGCCAUUUAUGAGAGAUGUCCAAGGGCUGUAGAACCAUUAUGGAUUGAGGGUGCUGGCCACAAUAAUGUAGAUUUAUUUGAUCAAUAUGUGGAGCGACUGAAGCAAUUUGUAAAUGUAGAAUUGGUAAACUGACGGCGACUAAGCCUCUCCCAGAGUCAGGGGGGGCAGGGUGGAGGGCAUAUGCAUGUGGGUAGUCAGGGGCGUAAUACUCCUAAUAAUUCAAACACAUUCAGUUCUAUUUCAACAAGCUCACAGACUGAAAAACUCGUCUUUCAAUCGCCUCCCACAGGGGAGAAGACACCUGUCCUCCUCUGUGACGAAGAAUCAUCUUCUGCUUCUAUAGAUGAUGUAUUCUUCUGUAACUUACAAAAGAAGCUCUCUUCAAUAAGAAAGAAAUAUUCCAAGGAUGAUGACUCAAGUUUAGACAGUAGUUCAAGAAAAGCUAUUCGACAAGAUGAAAAGAAUGUGAAACAAAAAGAAGUAACUAAAACUGUGCAGGAUAAGAAAUAUAAUAAAACAAUAUUAGAUGGUACGCCUGUACGUCAUAAUUUUCGAUGGAAUUAUAUUGAUCAAGUUGUAAAGAAACAUACAGUGACGGACAAAGGAAAAUUUAAAAGGUAAGCGAUGAAAACGCACCAUAACUCUAUGAAAAGGAAUUAUAUUUUACAAAAACAAUGAAUAUUUCAUAAAUACAUACAUCACAUAAAGUAAUAGGAAUAAGAAAAUUAUACAUAUGAAUGAGAAAAUAUGUGUUUUAUUGAGAACACUAGACAAGUGAAGAAACUAGCUGGACAAAAGAACCUUCAUGCUCAGCUUAAAACAGAGAAAAAAUCUUCUGUAAGUCAGUUUAAAUACAAUAGUAUAGAUUCUGGAUCAGAACAGAUUGGAAAAAUAUGGUAUGCUCCGCGAAGCAAAAGCGUUGGCGAGCUAUGUAACAUUGUCAACAAAUGAAGAUACUUGAGUUAUUCAAUUAUUGGGAUAGAGUAACUGCCUUUAUGAGAAGCGUUGGAUGUCAAAUGUCAUUGGCUGACGGUUCAGGAAGUUUAAAAAAAGAAAUAAAAAAAGAAAAAAAAGAAAAAGAAGAUGAAGAAAAACUACGUACUGAAUACUCUAAUGAAAUUAAAAGAAAAUCAACUUAAGAGAGAAGAAGCAUUAAAAAAAAUUAAACAAUACGAAUUCCACGUUUCUGGCAAAUUACCGUUCUGCUAUUCUUCCACAUGACUGUCCUUACGGAAAUCACAGAUUUAUACGCACGACACACAUUCGGGCUGUAACAGUGCUAGUGAGAUUGUGCACAUAAACACAUAUGAUACAUUUAUAAAAUUUAUUAUAUUUCUAGACUAUGAGAUAAUAUGUCUGUGCAUACCGAAUAUUCUUACUAUGCGUACACGUAUAACUGUGUACACGUUUGUAUGUUGCAAAUUGUUUCUGCAGUGCAGACUGUGAAACUUGUGACGACAAAUAAUGUCAAGUAUUAUUAUUUUUAUUGAAAGUCUCCUUAAACGUGAGGAGCUGAAUGGCUUAUACACACUGAAAACAUUCUCUGCCAGCGUGAAGUGCAAGUAAUCACUUGCGACGAGUGUGUAGCAAGAAGAUUCCUCGCUGAACCUAUAUACCUUGAAUUUCUAUAAUGACUUCUAUACAUUGCUAUUGAUUACGGAAUAGUCGAACAGUUUCGGAUGAAUCUCCAAUUGUGUUCGUCGUACUAUGACAUUAAAUGCAUUUAAAGUUGUUUUUCAUACAAAAGAGAAAAAAGAAAGAGGAUCGUAGCUACUAAUAGAUUUGUUAAUGAAUGUGAGAUGUAUGGACUGCAUCGCGUGUUUUCUAUGGCUCAUCUUUAGACAUUAGGUUCAGCGGUGAUAUAGAUGUUGCGUGAAAUAUCGCAUGUUUUUAUAAAUGCAUCGCUGUUACUGUGACCAGUGUAUAAUGACAGCUGUACGAGUAACAAAAAUGAUUGAAGAAACAUUUGUUUUUAUAUUGUCCCACAGCAAAGGCCUGUGCAGCGAGCAAUGGAAAUCUUCCAAUGUAGCAAAGAAUUUAGGUUAGAGAUAUAAAAGUUAAUGGAUAGUGU